GAGAGAGAGAGAGAGAGAGAGAGAGAGUUGGGUUGGUGGAGGUUUUCAAGGAGAUGGAACGAAGUGGUGGGAUGGUAACUGGGUCGCAUGAAAGGAAUGAACUUGUUAGAGUUAGACACGGUUCCGAUAGUGGGUCUAAACCCUUGAAGAAUUUAAAUGGUCAGAUUUGUCAAAUAUGUGGUGAUACCAUUGGAUUAACGGCUACUGGCGAUGUCUUUGUUGCUUGUCAUGAGUGUGGCUUCCCACUUUGUCAUUCUUGUUACGAGUAUGAGCUGAAAAAUGUGAGCCAAUCUUGUCCCCAGUGCAAGACUAGAUUCACAAGUCAGCAAGAGGGUGCUGGAGUGGAGGGUGAUGAUGAUGAAGAAGAAGAUGCUGAUGAUCUAGAUAAUGAGAUCAACUAUGGCCAAGGAAACAAUUCCAAGGCAGGGAUGCAAUGGGAAGAACAAGAAGAUGCUGACUUCUCUUCAUCAUCUGGACAUGAUUCUCAAAUACCAAAUCCCCAUCUAGCAAACGGGCAACCGAUGUCUGGUGAUAUUCCAUAUGCUACUUCUGAUGCUCAAUCUAUGCAAACUACAUCAGGUCCUAUGGCUAAUACAAAGCAACCGGGUCUUGAAAGUGAUGAAGAGAUAAGGAGAGUGCCAGAGAUUGGAGGGGAAAGUGGUGGAACUGCAGCCUCUCGGCCGGAAGCUGGUUCAAAUGCUGGUGCAGAACGUGCUCAGGGGACGGGAGAGGGUCAGAAGAAGAGAGGGAGAAGCCCAGCUGAUAAAGAAAGCAAGCGGCUUAAGAGGCUAUUGAGGAACAGAGUUUCGGCCCAACAAGCGAGGGAGAGGAAGAAGGCUUACUUGAUUGAUUUGGAAACAAGAGUCAAAGACUUGGAGAAGAAGAAUUCAGAGCUCAAGGAAAGACUUUCUACUUUGCAGAAUGAGAACCAAAUGCUUAGACAAAUAUUGAAGAACACAACAGCAAGCAGGAGAGGGAGCAAUAGUGGUACCAAUAAUGCUGAAUGAACAUAAUGGCAAACGAUGACAGAAAACUUAUAGCUGGAGUAGAUUUAGACGAGUAUAUUAGCAAGAAAAAGGGUAUAUUAGCAAGAAAGAGCAAAAACAAGUAAUUAAACAUUAGUUUUGAUGAUUCUUUUCUAGGUGUGCUUUUGUAAUACAGUGAAGUAAAGGAUGAACCUCAACACAUGUUUUAUCCUAAAAUAUUGUAAUCUGAUGUUCCACUAUUUAUGAGUAAUGUAAUUAUCAUACAAAAAAUUUUAGUCUCCUUGUA